AUGGGCAUCAGUAGCCAGCGCAACAAUGGCUUCCGAGAAAACCGGAAAUGUGCUCUCAUCUGUUUGGGCAUGGCCUUCGCGACCGCCCAAUAUGGCUUUGACGUGUCCGCCAUAGGAACAUUCCAGACCAUGCCUGGCUUCUUGAUGACUUUUGGAUACCGAGAUCCAGCGCUGAAGGGGGGCUGGGGCAUCUCUACGACCGACCAACAGCUGAUCGCAUCAUUCUUGAACGUGGAAACUAUAGUCGGCGUUUUCUUCAUUACACCGUUUGGUCGCUAUUUUGGUCGCAGGCAUGGGAUAUGGAUGGGCGCCGUUAUCGCUUUCGCCGGAUGUGCUACUCAGAUAGCGGCCACCUCGAUCGCCACCUUGUGUGUCGGGAGGGCAUUAAUGGGAGCUUCAAAUGCCUUCUUUAUUACCUUUUCUAACGCAUACAUCGUCGAGUGCGCGCCUCCGCGGCUACGUGCAGUUUGCUCCGCUAUGUUCGCCGUCACUAUCAACAUUGGAACUAUCCUCGGGGCUAUCGUCGACGAAAGGACAUCUCAUAUUAUGGGCAAGCUUUCCUACCAGAUCGCCCUGGCCUGCCUUUUUAUAUUUCCUACAUUGCUAAGUAUAUUCGUAUUCUUCGUUGCAGAAUCCCCUCGGUGGUUGGUACUUCAUGACCGCCGCGAGAAGGCUGAGAAGUCGCUCGCUUUUCUUCGCGGCGAUUCUCUCGAUCUAGAGUUUCUCCAGGAAGAGUUUGUUGAAAUCCUCCGGGGGGUAGAGGAAGAGAAGUCGAAUGCGUCUGGAUCUAACAUAAUCGAUAUCUUCAAGGGUACUAAUCUACGUCGUACGAUGCUUUGUAUGGCUGUUGCGGUUUCACGCGCUUCUUCAGGCGUAUGGGUAUUCUUGUCUUACGGUACCUACUUUUACCAGCAAGCCGGAGUCGAUGAUGUCUUUAAAAUUAGUAUCUACUCUAUGGUAGUUCAGCUUGUCGGCGUCGCAGCCGGUUUGUACUGCGCAUACAAAGUCUGGGGUCGUCGUACCAUGCUUCUUAUAGGGACCGGUUCGGCGGUCAUAGCUAUGGUCGGACCAGCAAUAGGGGCCACAAUCGCGCCCAGCACACCAGGAGCUGCAAGAGUAUUCCUCGCUUUUAACUUCUUUUACGUUAUUACAUACAGCGGUUUCGCUGGCUCAAUGACGUGGCCUAUAUCGGCGGAAGUGGUGAGCUCGAGAUUGCGGGUGCUCACGUUAUCCUUUGCCACCGGUGUAGAUUAUGUAUUUGCUUGGUUAAUCUCGUUUUGCUCGCCGUACUUUAUUAAUCCCACCGCCUUGAAUUGGGGUGCCAAGUAUUGCUGGAUAUGGGCGGCGUCUAAUGUCUUAACCUUCGCCUUCUUCUGGCUAUUCUUACCAGAUAUGAAAGGCAGGUCCUUAGAGGAGAUUGACGAAUUAUUCGAGAAGCGAGUGCCCACUCGAGACUUUCCCACGUUUAAGUGCCAGUCUUCCACUCAGGCUCACGAUAUUGCUUUGCAUAAGAUGGAAGAAGCUAGGGUAGCGGUUACGCAAGUUGAGAGAGCAGGCUAA